AUGGCGUCACAUGGAAAUGACGAUGUGAACAACGGAAACGACGAUGUGAACAACGGAAACAACACUGUUGGUACCAGUGUACCAAAUCCCGCUAUGACUGAUGUCAACCCUAUGGAGACCUUGACUGGAUUUCCUCCCGUUGAUGGGACAAUUGGUGGCGGGACUCCUCAUGUUGGAGUGAACCCCACUUUGCCUAAGGCUACGGCCUCAGUAAUUCAAUUUGGCACAAUACCUUUGCCAGAACCUAGGGUUGUGGCCUCAGUACCUUUGCCAUCGUUUCCGGCACCAUUUCUGGUGAAUCAUGCAAUUCGGCCGGAUAAGUUUGCCGAUACUGAUUUUAAGACAUGGCAGAAUAAGAUGAUUUUUUAUCUUACUACUUUGGGCCUUGCACGUUUCCUCACCGAGGAUGCCCCUGUCGUGGCUGAAAACGACACUGAUAUGCAUAAGCGUGUGGUUUGGGAUGCAUGGAAAAGUGCUGAUUUUUUGUGUCGCAACUAUGUUUUGGAUGGCCUACAGAAUUCUCUGUAUCACGUGUAUGUGGUAAAAAAGUCUGCUAAGGAGCUUUGGGAGUCCUUAGAAAAGAAGUACAAGUCCGAGGAUGCUGGGUCUAAGAAAUUCUUGGCCAGUCGGUGCAUGGACUUCGAAAUGGUUGAUUCACGUGGCUACUGCUAUUCACAAGCUACCGUCUCAGUGGAAGGCUUUUAA